UCAAAUAUUCUUUUCAUGUCUUUCUUUUUGAAGGGUGCCACUACAGCUGUAGAACUAGUGUUUGCACACCAUGCAGUCUACUGGGAAACUAAAAGGUUUGUCAUCAAAGGAGGCCUGGCUGGAGUUGCUGUGUAUGUGGCAUAUGAUCAGGGGCUGCUGGGCAGUGGCACAGAAGGUGCUGAAGCCCUUAAAAAAGCUCAAGCAGCACUGCCUCCAGCUAUCCAAGAGUGGACAAGUUACGUAGGCUGGGAGCUCCCACCCACUCCAAAAUUUGACUUUUCCCCCUCUGAUGCCUGGAAUAAAGGAGUGCAGACAGUCAUGUCUGCCUUGUCUGUAGCUCCCGCCAGGGCCUGUGAAUACACUGUGGAAGGCUGGAAGUAUGUGAAGGAUCUUGUCAAAUGAACGUGUUCUCCUGGGUUUGUGAUUCCCUCCGUCCCGUGUUGUCUUUGGGAUGAUGCAUAGUCCAUUGCUCUAGAGGGCAGCUCAGCCAUAAAGGGCUACAAUAAAAGUCUUUGGAACUUC